AUGGAGGAGCUACGUCGCAACUAUUUUACACGGACGCGAAAGCCCUAUCCAACUGACCUGUUGUUCAACGAGAUUCGCUUAGUAGCUUUGCUACCAGGCAAAUGGAACGACGAUGUUCAAUGCGAGCUCUUCCGCGUUUCUGAUAGAAGCGGGACCAAAAGACCCCCUUAUCAGGCCUUGUCAUAUGCAUGGGGCGCACCGGGCCAGCAAGCGUCCCAUAUUCAAGUGAACGACUGUGAGUUCGCCGUGACUGCGAACCUCGGUGUAGCCUUGAGGUUCCUCCGGGACAACAAAGAGCCUAUAGUUCUCUGGAUAGACGCACUUUGUAUUAACCAGCAGAAUGAUAGAGAGCGCUCUUCUCAGGUCGCUAAAAUGCGCGAUAUAUACAAGGCAGCGAACCAAGUAAUCAUAUUCCUUGGGGAUGGUUCAAGCCAUAUAACAGGCAAAUCGCUUAGACGAGACCCUGGACCCUGUGUCCAGUUUACGGGAGACGAUUUAGAUGAGGACCUCAUAAAACAAUACAUGCGAAAGUGGGCGUCAUCGCUCACAACGAAACGGAUCUCGGCACCUGAGAUAUUCUGCCUCAUUGCUAUCUUCUCAAGACAGAUGAACUGCCUCGAGUUCUUGAAAGAAAUCCCAGUCCACUAUUUGGCUGCCAUUCUUGAGGCGGUCCGGACAAUGCUCACAGCUCGUUGGUGGGAUCGAAUCUGGGUUGUCCAAGAAGCCGUCGUGGCUGAUCAUUUGGUCGUGAGAUAUGGCAAUGCUUGCAUGCCCUGGAUGAUGCUCGCCACCGUAGCGAAUCUCUACCACCAAGGGGUUAUUUGGAAUUGUCCUGAUUCGUUCUCGUCAGAUGACGCAAAAGUCUUGCGACUUCUCACACGAGUGAGAGACCUGGACUACUUUCGGCAGACUUGGCGUGGCCAGUCCGGGAAUUUAGAUCUCCUUGCACUGCUCAGACAAUUCAGUAACCGCCAUUCUUCUGAUAGUCGGGAUAAAAUCUUUGCACUUCUGGGGCUUUGUGACCAAACGCAGACUCUGAGCCCCGACUAUUCGUGGGAUGAAGUAAUGGUCUAUGCGAAAUAUACCAUACAGAUGAUCCAGCAAAAAAAGUCACUCUCCCCAUUGAAUGGGGAUAUUGGCCGCAAAAACGGGCAAGACAUACCUUCUUGGGUGCCCGAUUGGAAGGCUACCUUUGACGAAUCUGACCGUGGACGACUGGCUCUUACGGAGCUGUACGACGCCUCUGGAGGGGUUGACAGUACUAUAUGGGUGGUUAAUGAUUUACGGAGACCACGUUGUUGUGGUAUUCAUGAUCGCGGUCCAUUCUUUCGGGGCAGAAGAAAUUGGCAAGGUUGGGAUCUCGACACAGCCACCUCGCAGGCUGAAGAGGGCAUGCUCCGAUUAAUUGAGUCUCUGGAAAACGAGAAUCGACCUGAAGCGUAUUUACCGAUAGAUGCCAAAUCGUCGCUGGAGCUUUAUGAGCGUAGCUUCAAAUGUGUAGGUGGAUGCGAUCGCAGGUUGCAGUCCCUAUUCAACAAGCUGAGCUCGUUCUGUCAUCCAGAUGGACAGAGACACCCCACGCGGUUUAUCAACCACAGCCUGCUGACCGUUUGGGGUAGCACUCGGAACGAUUGCGAAGAUGGGGCUUUGACAGCGACAGGGCGAUUCGUUGGUACUGUAUCCAAAGUCUUCGAGUCAUUAUACUCUUGCAACGACACAGAGGCAGUGCUAAAUGAAACGAAAUGCUGGUUUGUAGACUGGUUCAAGUUCUCUGUCGGCAGAGACUAUAACCCGUCAGAUUCGUCGGGAGACUAUAACCCGUUACAUUUCUCUACUGUAUUUGCAGAAACUCUGCUAUCCAGUGCCAAAAUAACCGAAAAAGGCAUUCAGAGGCUGGAAAUACAAGACAAGACUCAUUUGGUCUCUUGGUUGUGGCGCGUCGUUUGGAGAGGAGACCCGGCCAAACAAAUUCAUCAUCCUUCACAUACCCCGUCUCUCGUUGACGAAGAUUUGCCUGACCCCCUGGUUGCAGAAUCAUAUUCGGCUACAAUGCGGCUCUCCAUCACCAAACGGGUAUUUUUCUUUACGAAAGACGGCAGAAUUGGUAUGGGACCAAUAUCGAUGCGAGAGUCGGACGAGAUAUACGUCCUUCCUGGUGGGAAAAUGCCCUUUGUUCUCCGCAGAAUCCCUCACCAAAAAGAUGACGGACGUCGUGCUACACCCUUGGCAUUCAGCCUGGUGGGUGAAUGCUAUCUUCAUGGAUGUAUGGAUGGACAAAUGGGUUUGCCAAACGAGGGGGGGAUUUCGGACUAUAAUCACUGGUUCAAAUAUGAGUUGCCAGAGAAGAGUGAGACCAAUAUACGGUGGAUUGCUUUAGUUUAG